AAAUUUAGACAUUUCUUUGAAAUGUGGUUACGAAGCGAACAUGUUAGUAGAAGACUGCGUGGUCGCCUAAAUAUAAGCAGUAUACCUAGAUCAAAAAUUUCCAACCAUAGAGUACAACUGAACGGUCUGAGGAAACUUCCAUCUGUGGGUAAUGGUAAUCACCGUAUUAACACGCCUAAUAAAUGCAGUAGGCUAACACGAUGGAGACGUAGAUGCACACAUUUUUUGAAAGAGGCUUGUAAAGAAAAUGUUUUACAUUUCGCGAAGUCUGCGCCUAUUAGACGAGAGAGAGGACCUCGUAGAAGAAAAUGCAUAAAGCGGUCAAUGGUUACUUCAACUCCAUUACAUCGAACGACUGCGAAAGAUGCAGUUACUCCAUCGAAAUGCACAACAGUGUCGAAAGUUUCUGAAGAAUCUAAAGAAAACUGGAACACAACCAUUUUAUCUCUGUACUCAUCAAUAUUAAACACAGAUUCAUGCAGUUCCUCCAUAUCCACUGUACACGAUUUUAAGCCUUCCAUUCCAAGUGUAUUACCACUGACAAAUCUAAUGCCUCCAGCAUCUGUAGGAUCGCAUGCAGACCUUUCGUAUGCAUUGGAUGAUGAAGAAACUAAGAACAAUGAUACCAGUUCGCUGUACUUCACCGCUUCCUGUAUCCAAACAGAGACAUCCGACGAAUGCUACAGUUUAAUACAUUCUACAUCCAUGUACGGAACUCGUUCGUUCUCAACAGAAAAGUAUUUUCCAAGCGGAAAAUACACGCUUAGCAACAAUAAUGAAAAUAACAGUAGUUUAUCGAAAAAUCAAUAUCCACUUGAUAGUCAUUCAUCAAAAUACGAGCCAGGAUUUAGUAGUACGAAGUAUAAUGCAACCACCAUGUAUAAUAUAAAUCAUCAUCACUCCUCCGACACAAAUGGAAACGUUACGGAAAAAUAUGACUCCGAGGAUAUUGAGAGUGACUAUCACGAUGUCGAAUAUAUGGAAGUUGGGGGCGAGGAAAUAGUAGAAAGUUGCGAUGUAGAAAAUAUGGUUACACAUGUUCAAGAAGACUGGGAGCCGUUUGAUCCUUAUGUCUUCAUCAAGCAUUUACCACCUUUGACCCCAGCGAUGAGAGCUAGAUGUCCUGCUCUUCCACUUAAAACACGCAGCAGUCCAGAAUUUAGUCUAGUAUUAGAUUUGGAUGAAACGUUAGUUCACUGUAGUCUACAAGAACUCUCGGAUGCAGCGUUCCGUUUUCCAGUAGUCUUUCAAGAUGUAACAUACACAGUAUUUGUCAGAACACGACCGUAUUUCCGUGAAUUUUUAGAACAUGUUUCAUCAUUGUACGAAGUCAUCCUUUUUACCGCGAGCAAGCGUGUUUACGCAAACAAGUUAAUGAAUCUAUUAGAUCCGACAAGGAAAUUGAUUAAAUACCGUCUAUUCAGAGAACACUGUGUCUGCGUUAAUGGGAAUUAUAUCAAGGAUCUGUCUAUAUUGGGUAGAGAUUUAUCUAAAACUGUUAUUAUUGAUAAUAGUCCACAAGCAUUUGGAUAUCAGUUGGAAAAUGGUAUCCCUAUAGAGAGCUGGUUCGCUGACCGUUCAGACAAUGAACUAAUGAAGUUGUUACCUUUUUUAGAAAACUUAGUAAACUGGGGAGGGGAUGUUAGACCACGUAUUAGAGAACAAUUCCGACUCUUUAGUUUUUUACCACCAGAUUAAUUUGGGUAGUAAGCACAAAACUAAUGUGGAGGUAUCAGUCUACAUAGGUAUCUUAUACAUGUAUGUAUAUCUUAAAAAUGCGUGCAA